CGGCGCCCACCGUCCCGACUCAACUGGCCGGUCCCCUCCGAGUGAGCCGAGCCACACUCCACUCGCUCUCCUCGCCCCAGGCGCGUCCGGCUCUUCCGAGUUCCGGCGGGGCCACCGGCCUGCGCGGCUGCGGGUUCGGGCCUGGCUGUGGGAUGUUAGCUGUGGGGGCGAUGGAGGGCCCCCGGCAGAGCGCGUUCCUGCUCAGCAGCCCGCCCCUGGCCGCCCUGCACAGCAUGGCCGAGAUGAAGACCCCGCUGUACCCUGCCGCCUAUCCCCCGCUGCCCACCGGGCCCCCCUCUUCCUCCUCGUCCUCCUCGUCCUCGUCGCCCUCUCCGCCUUUGGGCGCCCACAAUCCGGGCGGCUUGAAGCCCCCGGCAGCGGGGGGCCUCUCAUCACUGAGCAGCCCCCCGCAGCAGCUCUCAGCCGCCACCCCGCACGGCAUCAAUGACAUCCUGAGCCGGCCCUCCAUGCCGGUGGCCUCGGGGGCCGCCCUCCCUUCCGCCUCGCCCUCGGGGUCCUCUUCCUCCUCCUCCUCGUCCGCCUCUGCCACCUCGGCCUCAGCGGCCGCCGCCGCCGCAGCUGCCGCCGCUGCAGCCGCCGCCUCGUCGCCCGCCGGGCUGCUGGCCGGCCUGCCCCGCUUCAGCAGCUUGAGCCCGCCGCCGCCGCCGCCCGGGCUCUACUUCAGCCCUAGUGCCGCGGCCGUGGCCGCAGUGGGCCGGUACCCCAAGCCCCUGGCCGAGCUGCCCGGCCGGACGCCCAUCUUCUGGCCCGGGGUGAUGCAGAGUCCGCCUUGGAGGGAUGCACGCCUGGCCUGUACCCCCCAUCAGGGAUCCAUCUUGUUGGACAAAGAUGGGAAGAGAAAACACACGAGACCCACGUUCUCUGGCCAACAGAUCUUCGCCCUGGAGAAGACCUUCGAACAAACGAAGUACUUGGCGGGGCCAGAGAGAGCUCGCUUGGCCUAUUCUUUGGGGAUGACAGAGAGUCAGGUCAAGGUCUGGUUCCAGAACCGCCGGACCAAGUGGAGGAAGAAGCACGCAGCUGAGAUGGCCACCGCCAAGAAGAAGCAGGACUCGGAGACCGAGCGGCUCAAGGGGACUUCCGAGAACGAGGAGGACGACGACGAUUACAACAAGCCGCUGGACCCGAACUCUGAUGACGAGAAAAUCACGCAGCUGCUGAAAAAGCACAAGUCGAGCAGCGGCGGCCUUCUGCUGCACGCGUCGGAGGCAGAGGGCUCGUCCUGAGCGCCGCCCGCCCGCCCGCAGCGCCGGGAUCCCGGGCCG